GAGAAACUCUACAACUUUGUUCCGCGUCAAUUCCUUCAAGCACUUCUCAGAUGAAUGGUAUCGAAAUGGUAUUCCUGUAGUUCUACUGUAGGAAAAGACGUUCAUCACGACACACUGACUAUCACACUUAUUAAUAAAUUGAUUCGCGCAAAAAAGAAUCAUCCUUUAUCAAUGAAUUUCAAUUUCCUUAAUUCCAUAGGCAGACUUAGGACGUAUUAAAGAAGAUUCAUCUUCUUAUACUUACUUCUUUCUGCACUCCUCAUUACACAGAGCUGUCGAUAGACUGACACUCGCUACGACAUUUUCACUACAUCUAAGUAGAACAAAGCUGCAUACUAUACUCAUCUUCACUGUAAGAAUUGUUGCAUAAGUUCGCAUAAAUGAAUACCCCAAGUAAUUACCACAAGAAUUUCAAAGAAACAUCAUAAAUUGUCAUUAAGUUCUCUUGUUUUCACAACCAUCUUCGAAAAUGAAUCGUUCUUUGCCCCAGGGGCAAUUUCAGAAGCCCGAAAAUGCUCAUCGCAGAGCAAAGGAGCUUGCCGCCGUCGGCAACCCGGAGGAUGCAUUGGCUCUCUGUGGUAAGAACAACAAAAUCUCCUGAUCAACUAGUACAUCCAAAUUCUUGUUCCCCACACUUCUUGCUUCUUCAUCUACUCUUUCCAAAUGGUUACCCCAACAACUACUACAUCAAACACCUCUUCUCACUCUUUGAUCUACUCUUUCCAAAUUAUUAUUCUCUUCGACAGACGAAGACGAGACAUUCCAUCAUUCCACACCCAAAGUCGUUUCACAAAUUCCAACAACAAAUUAAAAACUUCACCCCUUCCAAGGUAAUGUCAUGGCCAACCGGAAGUUCAAAAAUGCCAACACUCUGCAUAUCAUGGAGAGCAUUGCGCUCUUGGGUUUGGCAGAGUUGUCGGUGCAAUUGAAGGAUUUGAAAUCUGCUAGGGAUAUUCUUAUCAACUACCGCUCUAUGACCCAGACGGCAGCUACUUCUAGUCUCGAAAAGGUAGUCCGCGAAUUUCGUGGCUCAGCCGAAAAGCUCGUCCAGGAAUCCAAGACGCACGCGACGAAGACUCAGGUAAAUAUCUUUCUAUGGUCGUCGUUGACAGUAGUUUACGAUUCUUUUUGAAAAUGCCUUUUUCUAACAGCAACAUAUCUCUGGCUAACCAGGCUGUGCUGGUUCUACUCGUAAAGAUUGGCUGUAAGUUCAGAAAAGAACAUACCAUGUCAUAAAAUUGUCCCAAACAACAAACUUAAAUAAUAGGAGGAGGAAGUUGAGGAUUUGGAGGCAUUGGAUACUCCGGACAAUGCUCUGCGAAAGGCCUUGAAACCGAAGGAACAGCGUGACCAGGAGAAGAAGGAACGGGAAGUGUUGGAGAAUAUCCGGUUUUUGUGGGAAACCUACAAGCAAGUCCUGGACGUCUUCAAGACCAACGGAAAGACCGAAGACCUGUAAUUACUGAAGCUAUUUUUUUGAUGAACAAAUGUACCUGACCACCAACCUCAUCGUCCGUGCCGUGCGUGUAAAACCACUGACCACAUGUAUGAACCAAUGUAAUAUGGUAAGCACUUUUCUUCACCCCCUUUUCUUCACCUCCUCCCCCCCAAUCCUCAACAUAGGUACAACGAAACCGCUCAACGCGCUUUGCAAUUCUGUUUGGACAACAAGCGAACCAAUGAGUUUAAGAAGCUGUGCGAUAUGUUGCGUAACAACUAUCAAAAUCUCUUCAAGCGCAUGCAGCCCAACGGAACCUAUCCUCCGCAUACGGUAUCUUGAGUUUCUUCUAUGCUUAUUAGUGAUGUGUGUUUCUUAUAAUUAGUGAUGAAUUGUUCUAUGGAUCUAGAAGAUGCAUUUUUUGAAAACCUUUGACCGAGUAGCCUAGUAUCAGAAGCUGUUCUUUUUAGGAAUGACUUUGAAGAAGUCUAGCUGUCUGUGAAUUUCGAGGAAUUUUUUUCAAAAUCAAAUCAAAAAUUGCAGGUAAAUCCGACUGAUAAGGACACUAUCGCGAGAACAAUCGAAACCCGAUGCAUCCAGCUUAAGGUUGCAGCAGACUUGGGUCUGUGGAAGGAAUGCUUCCUCACAGCAGAAGACCUCUACUCGCUGAUGACCAAGACCAGUAAUCUUAGACUCAGAUUCUAGUGUUGUUAGAUUUUGAAUUUUAGGAGUGAACUACCUACCUAUAUCAACAGUACGAUUGGAAAUUGGUUGUAUUCUUAGCCGCUGAAAAAGUACCUGUUCAAAGUGCACUGACAAGAUCUUCUAUAAUUUUUGUCUCUCUUCGUCUUCCCCCUAAGGCUGUUUCUCUCCCGCUUACAAAACAGAGCGUCCCCCACCGAAAGUCCUUGCACAGUAUUACGAGUUUUUGUCGCAGAUUUGUUGGAAAUCCGGUUCCUUCCUGUUCCACGCUUUUGCCUGCGUUCGUAACUACACUCUCUAUAAGACGAACCAGAAGAAUUUCGGUGCGGAAGAAAAACAGCGCAUGGCCACUUUGGCCGUGUUGGCCACUAUGUGCGUCGGCUUGACCGGAGAAGACGAGACCAGUGUCGACCAAACCCAAUUGGAAAAGCUCAAGAAAAUGGCGACUCUCUUCAACGUCGCGACCAUCCCGACUAAGAGCACUCUGAAAACGGAUUUGCAAAUCCGGGAGAUCCUCCUGGCAGCCAGUCCAGCAGCACAAAAGCUGUACCAGCUCUUGGAAUUGGGACCGCGCACUGCAGGAACCGGCACCCAGAUGUAUCCGAAAGACAUCUGCGCCAAAUGCCGACCACUAUUGGACGAAAUUAAACAAAUCCCGGAAAUGGAAACGUACUUCGUUAAGAGAAAUUGAUGCUGAAAAUAGGCCGAUACGAUAUUUUUGUAAUCUUGAAGAAAGCUUGCACCUCUAACUUUCUAUUGCAACAAUUAAGAGUAUUCUGAACUUCCCCAACAUCCACCUUUUCUACAAUGAUAAACCAGGUACUGCAACCAGCUGUUGAAGGUUAUUUUCUUCCGCUUGUUGAGCCAGGUUUCAAAGGUAUACUCCACUAUGAGUGUGACGCAAUUGAAGAAUCUCUGCGCACCAGUCGUCGACUUCCCAACCGCUGAAAAAUGGAUGAUCUCAGCUGCUCGCGACAGUGGAAUCCACGUCCAGCUUGACUACGUCCGAAGUGUCGUCGUCUUUGGUAAGAAUUCCUAUUUCAUAAGUCUUAGUGCAGAAAAACCUUUUGGAGUUCAUAAGUGUUAGAAGUAAAGAACAAUCUUUAGCAGUUCCCAUUGCUUCCCUUGUUGUACAAAUCUAUCAUAAUUUGUCCGAAAAAACAACUUGUCAGAAACAUCAAAACGACUUCUUCGCAGUAAGAAAGCUAAAACCCAAUGACUAUCCUACCAACUACAACUAUCCUACAACAACUACAACUACCCUACCAACUACAACUACCCUACAACAACUACAACUAUCCUACAACAACUACAACUAUCCUACCAACUACAAACACCCUACAACAACUACAACUAUCCUACCAACUACAAAUACCCUACAACAACUACAACUUUCCUACCAACUACAACUAUCCUACCAACUACAAAGAUCCUACCAACUACAAAUACCCUACAACAACUACCCUACUACAACUACCCCACUACCAAAUUACAAAACACAGCCAACAAGCAGAUGAAUGAUCUGUCCAUGUUGAGACAGCCAUUGGUGAAUAUGGGCCGCGUGGCAGUUCGCGAAUUGGAGAAGGUCUACCCUGGUCUCUGGGAAUCUCGUAAGGCGUCCCAGCGGUCCGAUCUGUUCCAGGCCCUUAAGGAUGCCACGGAACGCGAGGCAAAGGAUAUUGAACGCAGAGUCAACGAAAUCGAACGUCGUAACAAGGAAAAGGCCGACCAUGAAAGAGAGCAGAACGAAAGGAAAGUCAAACAAGAAGUACAAAUUUUACAUUUAGAUUAGAACUUGUUCCCGACUUCCUGUUCAGAAGUUGUGGUUGUGUAAGACUUUUAUCAUAUGUUGACCCCAACUCUCAAAUUUUUUUUCUUCCUUUGCCUCCUACGUUUUUUCCCAUCUUUCCUUCUUCUAGACGCUUACGCGCCAACGCGAGCAGCGCGAAGCCGCGCAGAGGUUGGAGCACGAGAAGAAGCGCCGCAUGGAGGAAGCCGCCAAGGCACGCAGAAACGAUAUCGACAAGCGCCGCAAGGAGGACAUCCUCGAGGAAACGAAAAAGCUGUAUCACGACAGCAAUCCGAAGAUCGGCGACUACAACCUAAACGAUAUCGGAGAAGCAGAGCUCGACAAGCUGGACGUCGAGUUCCUUGAGGAGGAACGUAAACGCAUCAUCCAGAAAGACCGCCAAGAAAAGAUCCGACUGCGCAAGGCAGAGUCUAAGCGGGUCGAUCACUUGGCGAGAGCGAUGAAACAGCAAACCGCUGCUAAGAUCCCAGGAUUCGCAGAAACACAGCUGAUUGAAGAGCAAGCGACGUUCGCCCAAAUCGAAAAAGAACAAAUGGAGCUAGCGAAGGCAGAAUUCGAGAAAAACGUCGAGAAAAAGAAACUCAUGGUAUGCGAUUCCUUUUUUUUUUGCAGAAAUCCUAAUAUCAUUCCUCAAUCAAUGCAGAGACGCCUUAGGGAGUACCUACUAAGUACCUCAACGUAGAUUUUACACAGGUUGUUUCGUAGAUUGAAUCAGGCUGUUAUUGUUGUCGUGGCAAAAAAAUCUUUUCCUCUUCCACAUAAUAAAUCAAACAACCUCCACCAUAUAAUUCGAACCCUCAGAUGGAAUCGAUUGUCGCGGUAAAGAAGUGGCAAGAAGAGCACAUCGGAAAGAAGCAAGUGGAAUAUCAGCAGAAAUUGAGGGACCGACAGCGUGUCGAGUGGGACAAGAAAUGCACGCGAGCUAUCAGACGGUACUCAAUUUUCAAAUCCUCGUUGUGCGAGGAACCUUUCCCUCUAAUUACUAGAAAUGACGAGCAAGAAAUGGAGACUCAGCUGCAUCGUUGCCGGGGGUCGCCUUCUUCCUCCUACUUAGACUAAUGUUGACUAAAUGAUUUAGCACUAGCAAAAAUAAUGAACAGAACAACUCGCAAUAUUGAUGAGGGAAACAAACCGAAACCUCGUCCACCAACAAGAAACAAACCUCAACCUCGACGUCCACCAACAAGUAGUACUUCGAUAUUUGAUUCCAGGUACAUGGACGACAUGGAGAAGAAGGAAUUGGCAGAGGCACGAAGACUCGAGGAGGAAGAGAUGCGGAAACAGCAGGAAGAGAUCGAAAGAAAGGAGGCUGAGGAAAUGGAAGCGCGGGAGGCUGAGAGGGAGAAAGAGCGCGAAAAGCGAGCAGAAGAAAUGAAGCGAUCCGAAGAACAGAGACGCGAGCGUGAGGCACAGGUACAAAGUUUUGUUAGUUCUAUUGGCCAAAUUUUGGCUAGUCCUAUUGUAUAUACCUCUUCCUUUUUUCUAUCUUUCCUAGGUAGGUAGUUGGCUCCACCACAAAUAAUUACUGUUAUUUUGACCUGAUUUCAACUACAUUGGAGGAUAUUUAUCUUUGAUCCUUAUCCUUAAACUUCUCACUUGUUUCUUCAUUAGACACUUUUCUUCAUCGAGGCAUUUUUUAAUCCAUCAAAAAGCAACUCCAUGAAAUAGACGUAAACGUAUACAUAAACGUUGUAUGUUGCAUCUACGAGGCAAGCAGCUGCAUUAAAAUCAUCUUCAGGCCGAGCGAAACCGACCAGCAAAGGCAAAUGGAGGUAGUAAUUGGAGAGAUGAAAUGGCUAAUGGCAAGGCAAAUGGUGGAGGCUUCGGUGGGAAGGAAGAAGGUGAGAAAUUCACCUUUUUCUUGAUGCUCCUAGAUAAAAGUAUGAGGAGUAAUUGAUCUUCCUAGAGUACUCGCUUUCAUACUACAACAAUUUCAUGAGGACCUCCUGAGGAAUUCGAAGUUGUAGUUCAACUACCCACGACUGACUUGUAGUCCAUCUACCACAUCAAUAAAAUUUAGGUGCCAAGGGCGGCUUCAGCGGUAAGGGUCGUCGAGGAUUUGAGAACAAGGGUGGCGACAAAGAAGAGCGGGACUUCGGAAACCUGCGUGAUAGACGAGCCGAAGACAACAAAUUCGCUUCUAGUAAACCUGCAGAUAAGGAUGGCGGUAAAGGUAAGAAGAGUGAGAAGCGAGGUGACGGAGGCAAGGCUAGUCGUGGAGACAUGGACGACUGGCGAGGAGGAGGCGGCGGCGGACCUCGUCGCCAGGAAGAGGCAGCAGGCCAAGACGCAGCACCACCAUCCCAGCGACCAGAGCCAGAAUGGAAGAAGUUUGCUCGCGAGAAGAAGGAAAGGGAGAAGAAAGAAGCUGGAGGCGAAAGCGGAGCGUAAAUCUCACGGCUACACGUCACGAUCACUACUCACGACAUGAUCAUCAUGUUCUAUGUGUGAUACUCCAGAUCGAUGUGGAUGUUCUGGUUUCGUCAUCUCCAACACAUUGGAGGUGGAGGGUCGGUUGAGGUGGAGCAUCAAAUUUCGAUGGCGACCACGAAUAAGUUGUCAUUAAGGUGGUGGUGGGAGGUUGUUUCUGCCAUAGCAUCUUCUUUCAUGUUCACAUCAUAUACUUACUUUCUUUGUCUCACACCAAAAUAUAACUGUCAAAAAAGUUGAAUAAGUAUUGCUGAAAUUACCAUUACGCUGAUUGAUGUCAUCAAAUACUGUUCCUAGGUGAUGUUCGAAAAUUGUUUCAUCAUUGUUUCAUCCAUAGAUUUAUCACCAUGCUGCGACUCCUGCUGGGUCUCUGGUCGCACGGUUUAACAUGUUGAUCAUACCUAUGAGCAUGUCUGGCCUCCUAAGUAGCUGAAAUGCCUAUUAUCUUUCACAAGAUCUGCCUGCACCAAUGGAGCCUGCUAGAAAUUAUAAGAAUGAUUUUGGUUAAAAAAGUAUCAAGAACACCGCAUACAACUAUGAUCAUUUUUCGGAUAGACGAGGUAGACUGGUAGGCAAACCCAUAACUUUUACUUUUAUCUUUACUAAGCACAUUUUCUGUAAUCAAAAACUAAGACGACCUAGAACUUGUAUUUCAAAUCAUUUGAUCCCUAUGUUAAGACCAAUGCUAGUACGAGACAUACUUGCACUUCACUUGCACAUCAUGAUUUUGCCUCUCAAGUAAUGCGUUGACGCGAUAAUAGAUCGUUGUAAAAAAAGUGGAAUAGCGACUGGGAUCCACAUUCAUCGCGAAUUCUAAUAUCUGAUGAAUACUUGAGUUGCACCCGAAGGGCACAGCGUCUACUGGCUCUACGUGAAGGAGCACGUACGUGGAGAUCGGAUGACUACUAUAAAUCGACUUAUGAAUACUUCCUUAUCUUGAAAUUGGACAAGCUUUGAUCAUGUUGGGAAAUUUUUACAAGAAGGCACUCGACUCACAAAUGGAAGAUGCUGUUGAGCUUAUGGCGCUUGAUACCGGCGAAAGCUGUAGCUGUGCAGGGGGGCGUGAAGUACACCGGAAGAGUCUGCUCAGUAUUUCUUUACUGCGUCACGCGGCG